ACCAAAUUUAAUUGGAUCCCGUUUUUUUUUUUUCUCUCCAUCUUCACUCUGUCCAGCAUCAAGAUUGAAACUACGUUAGAUUGACUAACUGUUUUGCCUCCAAUGCCACUCAUAUUGCAUCAGCGCAGCCUCGUAUCUUCAAGCGCUCCAGAUCCAUGGCUUUCAGUUCAACCAUCUAGAAACUGUAAGGUAGUUAGCUUCAAUCACCAGCCAUUUUACUGGUGUUUUAGGAAGAAGAGACGUGGUUUGAGGCUUUCUUUGUUGGAUGAUGGUAAUCUGAAGCUAAACUACAGCUUCCCAGAUUUUGGGAGACAUACUCUAAAUUUCUCCAGAUCAAGAAGAAGUGGACUCCUGUUACCCUUUGCCUCUGCAGAUGAUGGGGUGACAGUUAAUGGGAGUCCUCGAGCAAGUGCUGGUGGUGAAGUUGAGGAAUUGAGAGUUAAACUUGAUCAGUCAUUACAAGGUGAAGACUGUAGUACUGGACUGGUCCAAUCAUUACAUGAUGCCGCUAGGGUAUUUGAACUUGCUAUCAGAGACCAAAGCCUAUCAUCAAAAGUUUCAUGGUUCUCAACUGCAUGGAUUGGUAUUGACAAGACUGCUUGGAUAAAGGAACUAUCCUACCAGGCAUCAGUUUAUUCUCUACUGCAAGCGGCAAGUGAAAUUUCAUCUCGAGGAGAUGGAAGAGACAGAGAUAUUAAUAUUUUUGUCCAAAGGAGUUUGUUGCGGCAAUCUGCGGCAUUGGAGGCUGUAAUUAAUAAUAAAUUAUCAGCCAAACAACCUCAAGCUCAUCAAUGGUUUUGGAUGGAGCAAGUUCCUGCUGCUGUCAGCAAUUUUGUAAACUAUAUUGAGAAGGACCAAUCUUUUUCUGCUUUUGCUUCAAUGUCUGGGAAAGUAAUGCCUCUGGUUUCGGAAAAUGCAAGUGACUUGUCACUUCUUAUGCUUGCACUGAGUUGCAUUGCAGCAAUUAUGAAGCUUGGCCCAACUAAAAUUUCUUGUGCACAGUUCUUCUCCAGUAUGCCAGACACGACAGGUAGAUUGAUGGACAUGCUGAUUGAGUUUGUGCCUAUCCGUCAAGCUUAUCAUUCCGUGAAGGAUAUUGGUCUCCGCCGAGAGUUUCUUGUCCAUUUUGGCCCUCGUGCUGCAGCAAAUAGAGUAAAAAAUGAUCGACACACUGAAGAGGUUAUGUUUUGGGUUAGUCUUGUACAGAAGCAGCUACAAAAAGCUAUUGAUAGGGAGAGGAUAUGGUCCAAACUCACAACAUGUGAAAGUAUUGAGGUGCUAGAGAGGGAUUUGGCCAUAUUUGGGUUCUUCAUUGCUUUAGGAAGAAGCACACAGUCCUUCCUUUCUGCAAACGGUUUCGAUUCUGUUGAUGAACCUAUUGAAGAGCUUAUGAGGUAUCUGAUUGGGGGAAGUGUGUUAUAUUAUCCUCAGCUGUCAUCUAUAAGUUCUUAUCAACUGUAUGUGGAGGUUGUUUGUGAAGAGCUGGACUGGCUUCCCUUUUACCCAGGAAGUAGUAAUAGCUUUAAACGCAAUAUGGGGCAUACAAGAAAGGAAGAAAGUCCUCCAAAUCCUGAGGCUAUACCCCUAGCAUUGGAUGCUUGCUCUCAUUGGAUCCAGAGUUUCAUUAAAUACAGUAAAUGGCUGGAAAAUCCUUCCAAUGUUAAGGCUGCUGGAUUUCUUUCCAAAGGGCACGAGAAGUUGAAGGUGUGUUUGGAAGAACUAGGUAUACAAAAGACCACGUCUGGAACUUAUUCACCAACCGAGCUAGAGACUGAUUCCUUUGAUAAGGCUUUGGAAAGUGUUGAAGAAGCUCUGAUGAGAUUGCAAGGAUUGCUUCAGGAGCUUCAUAUGUCAAGCUCCACUUCUGGGAAGGAGCAUCUCAAAGCUGCUUGUUCUGAUCUUGAGCGGAUAAGGCGGCUAAAAAAAGAGGCUGAGUUUCUUGAGGCAUCUUUCAGGGCGAAGGAAGCUUCCUUACAACAGGAGGGUGAUGCAAGUGAUUCAUCUUCUGUUAGCAAUGAGAGACAGCAUUCUAAGGGAAAAGCCAGCAAGAGGGCCAGUAUAAAUAGAGAUAGUGGCAGCAGGGUAAGUAAACCUCGUGGAUUGUGGAGCUUCCUAGUACGCCCCUCAAACAAAUCCAGUGACCUUGGGAUGUCAAUGGCCAAUGCAAAUGAUGAUGAAUGCUUUGAACAGAGAACUGCAGGCACCGUGUCUUCAUAUUCAGAGUCAAAUGAAAUCCAACGCUUUGAACUCCUAAGGAAUGAACUAAUAGAACUGGAGAAGCGAGUUCAAAAGAGUGCUGAUCGGUCUGAAUAUGAAGAGGAAGAUAUUCAGACAACCGAUGAAAGUUUCAGCCAGCGAAAUGAAGUUAAAGGCCCUAACUUGGUUCGAGUUCAGAAGAAGGAAAGCAUUAUCGAAAAGUCAUUGGAUAAGCUAAAAGGGACUAGCACGGAUGUUUGGCAAGGAACUCAACUUCUUGCUAUUGAUGUUGCUGCUGCUAUGGGGCUGCUUAGGAGGGUUGUAAUAGGUGAUGAAUUAACGGAGAAAGAAAAGCAAGCACUUCGAAGAACCUUGACAGACUUGGCAUCUGUAGUUCCAAUUGGCUUUCUAAUGCUUCUUCCUGUUACCGCAGUUGGGCAUGCUGCUAUGUUGGCUGCAAUUCAAAGAUACGUGCCGUCUCUGAUACCGUCCACAUAUGGACCAGAAAGGUUAGAUCUCUUGAGGCAGCUGGAGAAAGUGAAGGAAAUGGAGGAUGAGGUGAACUCCAAGGACAAUGCUGAUGAAAAGCCCAGGUAAAAGCAUCGUGAACAUCUUUCCUCUGAACUUCACUUUGCUUUUAGGUAAGCACCAGUGGCUGCAGUCUUGCGGUGCCGUUUCUGGAGUGCCCGGUUCACGGUGGAUUGAUGGGUGACCAUCUUUUCUGAGCUCUG